AUAUCUGCUGUAAUGUGGCUCCCCCUACUGGUGGUGCUGUUGGCUCUGCUCUUCCUGUACAGAUGGUACAGGCAGAGCCAGAUGCUGGAGAAUCUCUCAGAUAAAUAUGUACUGAUUACUGGUUGUGACUCUGGAUUUGGGAACCUAUUGGCAAAGCAGCUGGACCGGCGUGGGAUGCAGGUACUGGCAGCUUGCCUUACUGAGAAAGGAGCUGAUGAUCUGAAUUUGGCAACCUCUAGCAGAUUACAGACAGUUAUCUUGGAUGUCACCGAUAGCCAGAGUGUGAGCAAUGCUGUCAAGUGGGUUAUACAUAAAGUUAGCAACAAAGGUCUAUGGGGCCUAGUAAACAAUGCUGGUAUUGUGAGUCCUGCAGCCCCAAAUGAGUGGCUAACAAUAGAGGAUUUUUCCAGAGUAUUAAAUGUAAACCUGUUGGGGACAAUUAGUGUGACUCUCAGCCUACUGUCUCUCAUUAGAAAAGCACAAGGACGUAUUGUUAAUAUGUCCAGUGUCAUGGGUAGACUUGCCUUUCUGGGUGGUGGAUACUGCAUCUCCAAACAUGGGAUAGAAGCCUUCUCUGAUUCCUUAAGACGUGAACUUCAACCAUUUGGUGUAAAGGUUGCUAUCAUUGAACCCAGUUCCUACAGAACCCCAGCCACAGAUCAGCAGGCCACAAUAAAAAGUAUCUGCACUAUUUGGAGCAAAGUACCACUGUCUAUCCAAGAUAGCUACGGCCAGCAGUAUUUUCAAGACUACUGUGAGCUCAUCCAGCACAAAUUGUCUAAAUGCAUUCCACAUCUAACCCAGGUCACUGACUACAUGGAGCAUGCCCUUAUAGCUGUACAUCCGUGGACUCGCUAUUCUGCUGGCUGGAACACCAAACUAUUCUAUCUACCAGUAUCUUACCUUCCCACUGUAAUAUCAGACUAUCUGCUGACCCGUUCCUUCCCAAAGCCAGCCAUCACCAAAGCUGAUAAUAAGAGGACAUGCAUUUAAUGAUUUACUGCAAGUUUUUUUUAUUAUUGUUUUAUACUCACAAACUCAGAUCUGUGGUGGUAUAUUUUAUUUAAAUAGUUUACAUUUAAGCAUACGUUUUCCUUAUAACUUAUAGCCUUAUAAACUAGG